GCUAAGAAAAGCGCACCUUCUAGACGGUCUUCUUUCUCCACCGCUGCUUCCUCUUCCAACACAAACGGAGGCUCCACUCCGGCCUGCGGCUCAUGCUCGUCCUUCUUCCUUCCACUUCCUUCCCAUCACUCUCGCCAUAGGAGGCGAGCUAGGGAACUGAACCCUUUCCCCAUUUCUUCAGAUACAUAUUAUAAGUCUUAUUGCCGUUUACGAGCUAUAUCGAUCUUUGCCGCGCUUCUCCCUACUUCAUCAGCGACAGUAUCAGAAGGCGCAGGACGCAUAAAAAUGAUUGCUUUCGUUCCUUUGUCGGGCUGAGGUCAGUUGCUGAUUCAUUCCUUUAAUCCCCUGAAAAUCCGAAUCCCCCCCUCGAAACCCUAAUCGGUGGAUAGGGUUCAUUUCAUUAUAUCUGUAACGAGCUACAUAAUAUCCUUUAGUUGCGUCACUGCUAAUCAAAUCAGAAGGUUGUUAGAAUUAAAAGAAUCUAUUUUUUUUUUUUUUGGUUUUGGAGUAUGAUGGAUUCAUGUUUUGUUUGUCUUAUCCUAGGGUUUUGUCUGUCAAAGGUAAAUUUAUUGCCUCCCAAUGCACCAGCAACUUGGUUCGUAUUCCUUGCGGGCUUCUUUCAGUUUUUCAAUGGCUGAGUUUAUUUAGUGGCCUCUUGUAAACAACCAGUUGUUCAUUCAUUAGGAAUCUUCUUUUCUGUCAUGCUAACUGAGGAAAUGCUAUCGGCUUGAUUCAUACAUUACCUGGUGACCUGUUUUAUUUCCUUUUCACCUUGAAUCGAUUCAAAGUGGUUCUUUUUCUUUCAAAUGAAGGUUCACACUGAUGAAUCCUUCAAUUCUCUAUGAUGCUCUAUGGUGUUUGUAAGCUACCUUAGCCUUAAUGGUAUACAAUGUCGCUUGUCCUAUGAAGUGGGUUGAUAACAUAUAGAAGUUCGCUAUUCAACUCUGUUGUUUAUAUUAUUGUUGUCUUUGAGUUCCUGGCUCCCCUGGUUGGAUGAUAAUUCAUGCUUCGUUAAAGCAGUCUUUGAGCUCCUGAUGAUAUUAUUGUUGUCUUUUUGUGUCUCUUUUGCUAAAGCGUGGUAAUAGCGUACUGAGAAGUGGGUCUAUUUUUUUUCUGCCUGCAGAGUCUUGACUAUUUCAGAGAGCAAAAAACGCCAGCUUAGUUGUUUUAUUUUAAGAAUGGGGGACUCUGAGAAUGUCCUUCCAUCUUCAAAGAAGAGAGCUGCAGGGAGGGAGAUAUCAAAGGACGACCCUGGCCUUGAUGAUGAUGAAGAUUUGUCUGAAAUGGAGACUGGAACUUUCAAGAAGGCCAGCGAUGAGGUUCUGGCCACCAGACGGAUUGUGAAAGUUCGACGCAGUCAGUCAACUGCAGCCCCAAACCUCCCCUCAUCUAAUCCAUUUGCUGGAAUUUGUUUGGUUCCACCAAGUGAUCCGAGUCCGGUCCUUCGGUCUGGAGCAACUGUGGUAGUAACUUCUAAUGAGAAUGACAUCAAAACUGGUGCUUGUGAUGUAGCCAAGGAAGAUAAAGAUGCUUCUAAUGGGAAGCAAUUAGAAAGCAGUGCAAGUGUGUCAGUGGUCGAGUCUGCAGGUUACAAGGAGAGCACUGUUAAUAAGGUUACAACUGACACUGUUGGUGAAGUGGCCCAGGAACCGCUAGAAGAUAAAACUGAGAGUGAUAAUGGCAGCGAAGCCAUUAAGUCGGUGGAUGAAAAGGCUGAAGGGGGUGAUGGAGCUCAAGACAAAGGCAAGAACGUCACUGGGACUGAUAAAGCUGAAGAUGUUGACGGGAAGGAAGCAGCAGGGGAUAGUAAAGCAGAGGAUGAUGGAAAGAAGGAUAAGAGCAGUGAAAGUGCAGACCCUAGUGGUGAAGGUACUGCCCUGAGUUCAUUCCAGCAGCUUUCAAGUAGCCAAAACGCUUUCACUGGCCUAGCUGGAACAGGGUUUUCCAGCUCCUCGUCAUUCUCCUUUGGGUCAAUCCCAAAGGACGGUUCUCCAUUUGCCAGUGGUGCUGGUUCCUUGUUUGGGCAGAAAAGCGACCAGCCGUCUUUUGGGUUUGGCCUCCCUACAAAUGGAAAUUCUUCACUCUUCAACUCGUCAGGCUCUUCUUCUGUUGCCCCCAAGAGCGAAGGAAGCAGCUUCCCCUCCAUGCCGGAGGUCCCAGUGGAGACCGGAGAAGAGAAUGAAAGGGCAGUAUUCUCUGCAGAUUCUGUGUUAUUUGAGUUCCUCGAUGGCUCUUGGAAGGAGCGCGGGAAAGGAGAAGUGAAGGUGAAUGUCUCCACCAGUGGAACAGAGAAAGCCAGGCUCCUGAUGAGGUCUAAGGGUAACUUGAGGUUGAUCUUGAAUGCUAAUCUAUUCUCCGAUAUAAAGCUCGCGAACAUGGAAAAGCGAGGCAUCACUUUUGCUUGCAUCAAUAGCAUCGGGGAAGCCAAAGACGAAGCACUUUCAACCUUUGCCCUGAAAUUCAAGGAUAGUUCUAUCGUCGAAGAUUUCCGUGCGGCUGUCACACAACACAAGGACGACAACAACCCCGCGCCAGUUCUGAAGACACCAGAGAACUCGCCCUAGGCGACUGAAAGCGAUCCCUCCUUCCCCUCCUGCCCCGAGCAUGCAGUGGUCUGUUUGUAUUAGCUGUGAUAUGGUUAUGUGUUUGUCCUGAGUCGCACAAACCCUAUAUACUGGAGGGAGAGUCCCUCCAUUUUGGUGGUUCAAUUUCAACCUAGUCAGUCAUAGGGGCAAAAAC